AUGUCUGUCUGUCCUCUCUCCCCCACUCGCCCGCUCUCUGUCUCUCUCUCCCUCCCCCUACUCUCACUCUCUCUCUCUCUCUCUCUCUCUCUCUCUCUCUCUCUCUCUCUUUUUGCUAUGAACAACGCCUAUUCUUGUCUUCAUUACUUUCUUUCUUUCUUUCUUACUUACUUACUUUCUAUCUAUCUAUCUAUCUAUCUUGGUGUCUUCACGUAUUUCUCUAUCUCUCUCUACUUUAGUGUCUUCAUUUCACUCUUUCUUUCUUUCUUUAUUUUUAUCUAUCUGUCUAUCUCAGUGUCUUCAUUUAUUUUCUCUCUCUCGCUCUCUAUUUUAGCGUCUUCAUUUCUUUCUUUCUAUCUAUCUAUUCCAUAUCUUUCUUUCUCUCUCUCUCUAUCUAAUUUAGUGUCUUCAUUUCUUUCUUUCUUUUUUCUUUCUUUAUUUUUAUCUAUCUAUCUCAGUGUUUUUAUUUCUUUCUUAUCUCAGUUUCAUUUCUAUCUAUCUAUCUAUCUAUCUAUCUAUCUAUCUCGGUGUCCUCAUGUAUUUUCUCUCUUUCUCUAUCUAUUUCUCUAUGUUUGUCUUCAUUUCUUUCUUUCCUUUUUUCUUUCUUUCGAUCAGUGUCUUUAUGUCUUUCUUUUUAUCUGUCUACCUCAGUUUCUUUUCUAUUUAUCUAUCUAA